AUGAUCACACCAGCUUCAGCUAUAACAGAAGCAGAAGCACUUCUCAAAUGGAAGAACAGCUUGUUGUCUUCUUCCCUCGAUUCAUGGUCAGUUGCUAAUCUCAAAAACCUUUGCAACUGGACCGGCAUCGCAUGCCACCCUACUACAACUGUCUAUGAGAUCAAUCUUUCCAAUGAAUAUAUCAUUGGAACACUUAACCAAUUCAGUUUCACUUCUUUUUCAAAUCUCGAGUAUUUCAACCUGACCAACAACAGCUUCAGUGGGCCAAUUCCAUCUGCCAUUGGCAAUCUCUCCAAGCUCACUUUCUUGGACCUGAGGAGAAACGUCUUCAAUCACACCAUACCUUCGGAGAUCGGAUUGUUGACGAAGUUACGGUACGUUAAUCUUCGGUAUAACAAUCUAAGCGGUACCAUUCCAUAUCAAGUUAGCAAUCUUCAAAAGGUACAAGUCUUAGACCUUGGAUUUAACUUAUUGGAAACUUCUGAUUGGUCAAAGUUCUCAGCUAUGCCAUCAUUGACAUUCCUUGGCUUUUAUUCCAAUCAACUUACCAUGGAAUUCCCAGAUUUCAUAUCCAGUUGGAGGAAUCUGUCAGUGCUCGAAUUGUCAAAUAAUAAUUUCACUGGAAAAAUACCUGAAUGGGUGUUCACCAAUUUAAGCAAGCUUGAAAAUCUUUAUCUCGGACAAAAUUCAUUUCCUGGGCCAUUGUCAACAUUGAAUUUUUCAAAACUUGCCAAGCUAAAAGUUCUUUCCCUAUCCUUCAAUAAUUUCACAGGUCCAAUUCCUUCUAAGCUUGGCCUAUUUACUGACCUUACCGUAUUGGAUCUAGGCAGCAAUUCACUUACUGGGAAAAUCCCACCAGAGAUCUUCUUAUUGUCAAAGCUCCGGUAUCUCAGUGUGUCUGACAAUCAACUCUCAGGUCCAAUUCCUUCUAAUCUUGGCCUAUGUACUGACCUUACCCACUUGGCUUUAGACAUAAAUUCACUUACCGGCAAAAUCCCACCAGAAAUCUUCUUAUUGGCAAAGCUCCAGUAUCUCAAUGUGAAUGACAAUCAACUCUCAGGUCCAAUUCCUUCUAAGCUUGGCCUAUGUACCAACCUUACCUUCCUGGCUCUAGGCAACAAUUCAAUUACUGGGAAAAUCCCACCGGAGAUUGUCUUCUUGACAAAGCUCCAGUAUCUCAGUGUGUAUGACAAUCAACUGUCUGGCUUGAAACCACCUGAGAUUGGAAACUUGAAAGGCUUGAUGAUGCUAUUCCUUUCCAGGAACCUACUCUCAGGUCCAAUUGCUCCAACAAUUGGGAAUUUGACAUUGCUGACUCGUCUUGAUAUCCGUAAUAACCAAUUGAAUGGAGAGUUGCCUGAUACCAUGCCCAGACUAAAUAAUCUUCAGUUGCUCGCUCUAAGUGGAAACCAAAUCUCCGGUCAACUUUCACCAAAGUGGGGAGAAUGUGCAAACCUCACAUAUUUACUAAUGGAUGGAAAUAAAUUUUCGGGUGAAAUUCCAGCUCAGCUAGGAAACUUAAUUCAAUUGCUCUUUCUAAGCCUGGCCUCGAAUGAAUUCAAUGGAGAAAUGCCAUCUACUAUUUGCAACUUGAUUUCUCUUGAACUUCUUGAUAUGUCCAAUAACAGCUUGAGCGAUUUGAUUCCACAAUGUUUGUUGAACUUCAGCAGUGAACUCUUGCAUUUGGUUUUGCGAAUGAAUCACUUUCACGGAUCCAUUCCAGCAAAUUUCAGAAAGUGCAACAAUUUGAGGAAUCUCGGCUUGAAUGGUAAUCAGUUAGAAGGGUUGGUUCCACAAACUUUGGUAAACUGCAGAAAGUUGGAAGUUCUGGAUCUCGGAAACAACAAGCUAACCGAUACAUUCCCCCAGUGGAUGGAAAAUCUUCCGGAGCUGCGCGUUCUUGCCUUCAGAUUCAAUAGAUUUCGAGGCACAAUAGGUACCAAGAGUAAACAACCCUUUCCUAAGUUGCAAAUCAUUGGCCUCUCUCAGAAUGAGUUCAACGGCUCAUUGCCAACAAAAUAUUUUGAGAAAUUCAAAGCAAUGAUGAAUGUGGAUGAAGUGGUGGUGAAGGGAAAUGAGGUUGAACAAGUGAAAAUCUUAGAUGUCUUCACAGCCAUUGAUUUAUCAAACAACAAGUUCCAAGGAAAGAUUCCAAGUUCCAUUGGGAGGCUUAAUUCGCUUCGUGUUUUCAACUUAUCUCAUAACAGCUUCUCAGGCCAUAUUCCAUUAUCGUUGGAAAACUUGCUUUUGAUUGAAUCACUAGACCUCUCUUCAAACCAGUUGGUGGGAGAGAUUCCUUGGCAACUGACAAGCCUCACAUUUCUUGAAGUCUUGAACCUUUCUCAACAUCAUCAUGUUGGACCGAUACCUCAUGGCCAAUAG